AUGGCUAAAGAACUGAAAAAUGGAUACUAUGAGAUACGUAAAGCAUGUUUGGAACAUACAUGCCCAGUUGAAACAAGGUGCAAUUACAUGAGGAAGGCGUCAUCUCGAGUUAUUGCUGUUGUCUUCAAAGCACAAUUUAGCGACCCAUCUAAAGCCCCGGUACCAAUGGACCUGCAGCAAUUGGUCCUUGAGGACCUAAAGGUGUCAGCAUCAUACAAUAAGUGUCGUAGGGCUAGGGGAAUAGCUAUAGACAAUUUGUUUGGCUCUGAUGAAGAUUCAUAUGAUCAACUGGCUGAAUAUUUGCAUCUUUUGAAGCUCGCAAACCCCGGUACUGUAACAGAAAUCAAAACAGAAAUCGAGGAAGAUGGUAGUGAAAGGUUCUUGUACACGUUUUUGGCAUUUGGUGCAUCAAUACAAGGUUUUAGUAAGCUCAGACGUGUUCUUGUUGUGGAUGGGACGCAUCUAACUGGUAAGUACAAAGGAGUGUUGUUGACAGCAAGUGGCCAAGAUGGUAACUUUCAAGUAUUCCCUCUAGCUUUUGCUAUUGUAGAUAGCGAGAAUGAUGAUGCGUGGACUUGGUUUUUUGAAAAGCUUGAACGGAUAAUCGCUGACAGCAAUACCCUAACCAUCAUUUCUGAUAGAUGUCAGUCCAUUUACAUUGCUAAAAAUAGGGUUUUCCCCCUAUCUCAUCAUGCCGCUUGUAUUGUCCACUUGGCGUGGAAUGAAAAUGCCAAAUUUCACAACAAAGGUCUUGAAAAACUGGUCACUAAUGCUGCAUAUGCCUACACAGUUGGCUCUUUCUGGAUGAUGUAUGGAAAAAUUAGAGGAAAAAACAUGGAAUGUGCUAGAUGGCUUGACAAAAUCGGCGCUGCUCAUUGGUCACGCGCAUAUUUUCAGGGAGACUGUUACAAUCUGAUGACCAGCAAUAUAGCUGAAUCGUUGAACAAAGCAUUAUGGAAGGGUAGGGCGUCACCAGUAGUGGAGUUGCUUAAGUUUAUUAGGGCUAUGUUAACACUCUGGUUUAGUGCAAGGAGGAAAAAGUCUACCAGACACAACAGGUUGGUAACUCCGGAGGUUGAUAUACAAAUGACAAAGAACAUAUCACUAUUACAAGGAAGCAAGGUUGCAACUGUUUCAAGUUGGAGUUAUGAAAUUGUGGGGUUGUUCAACGGGAAGCACCAUGUCCUUCUGGACCUGAAAAAAUGCACUUGCAAACAAUACGAUCGAGUAAAGAUCCCUUGUGGACACGCAAUGUUCGCUGUCAACUACCAAGGUAUUCCACCAACAACACUAGUAGACAUGUACUAUAAGACUUCUACAUGGGUAGCUACUUACGCAGGAGUAAUCAAUCCUGAAGUUAACCCCAAUGAUCUGGGCAUGGCCGAUGAAGUUGUUAGGAGGAACAUAAUCCCUCCAAAGUCCCGUCGGCCAUCUGGUAGGCCAAUCAAGACCAGAAUUCCAUCUGUUGGUGAAUAUCCGAAUCAAGUUAUGGCCGGUGAAAGUUCCAGUAGACGUUGGCCCUUCGAUUCAGAGUGGGAAGACAUGGACGACGCUAAUCCCGAUAAACGUCCAAAACUCAAUUCCUACUUUGAGUGGGAAGAAGAAGCACUUGAGACCAUUUAUGAGGCCUUUAGUAAGACUAGAGCAGUGGUUGAGGCGGAGACAAAAGAUCGCUUCACAUCAAUCCUCCAUAUGCUGCAUGAGCAUAUGAAGAAGAAGGAGGAGGCAACCGCACUCCAGCAUCAAGUUGAAUUAAUUGACGCUCAACUCUCCCAGCUUAAUCAGAUUUUGGGUCAAGAACUAGUCGAUAUCGAGGCAGAGCACAAGCGGUUGGAGGAGACCCGAGAGUUAGCGGCGGCUGAUGUCAAACAGUGCAAAGUUCCACCACCAAUUGACUGGUGUAAACUGGAAGUGCGUUUCCCCGAUGUUUAA